GAGUGAAAUCCGGGUUAAUGUAUUGUAGGUUACUUACACGACACUUUCCGUCAUAGAAACGUCACUUGUACGGAUGCUGAGCUGCAUUCACGUGACUGAGCGUGAGUUGUUAUUUGAAUGGGAAACAAAUUGUUUAGGCGAAAACUGAUGUUGGUCACCUGUAGCCGCGGAAAUAUUUUGAUUCUUAGCGUUACUGUUUAUUUCGAUAAUGUUUGACAGUUUGCGUGAUCGGUUUCAUACAGUCCAGGAGGGGAUCACUGCCAGUUUCAGAGGUUUGUCAACAUCCGAUUCUGUUCACAAACAUAUUCCUGCUAGAGGUCGUAAAGUGAACUACAAUGCAGGAGGCGAACUUUUACUGAAGUACCAAAAUGAGUGGAGCGAGCUGCAUAAACAGUCUGAGGAAAAUGCUGUCCAAGCACAGGUAGUUGAUGAUCUUAUUACAAAGCUGCACACAGAAUGUCAAAAGAGCUGGACAUCAAUGAAUGGUGCUGCAAUGGUGCUUGCAAGUGUGCCGCAGAUAUUGGCGGAUGUGCAGGGCCUCAUGUCACAGCUUGGUACUCUCACAGAAACUUUUGAGGAAGUAGAAACAGGGCUGGCACGUCUUGAGGACAUAGUUGAGGUUCAAGAGCUGCAGGAGCAACAACUUGACCACAGAUUCCAGUUGGCUCUUUACAAGGAGCGACGGCUGGCUGAGCUUGAGGCUGUGCGUGACAAACUGGCAGCUGAGCAUGCACAACGACUUAGGGAUCAUGAGGCAAGACAGCAAGUUGCUCUUCGUGAAAGACAGGAAACAUUUGAACAGGCAUUCAAAGAGGACCUGCAGCAAUACAAAGAGUCGGGAACUUUGCCAGGAACUAUAAGUCCUCCAGGCCAGAAAACUACAUGUUUAGAGGAAGUUAUUCUUGAGCCAGAAGAUCCAUCUGCUCUGGAUACUUUCCUUGAUGAUGAUACUAAAGAGGCUCCAGCAGUUCAGGAUUCUUCCUCGGGAGACGAUCUUAAAGCAAGUGAUGCAAAACUGUAAUUAAUGUUACAGACUAAUUGUGAUGUGAUAAACAUUGGAAUGUGUUCUUUGUUGACAAUUGAGAUAUUAUUUAUCUUUGAAACAAAUCACUGAUCAUCCCUCAUCUGUAUCACCUGUUUGACAAGUGACUGUAAAAAUUUGUUAGUUUGUUGUUAAAAUAUAUUAUAUGUUUCAAUUUUUUAUUGAAAUAAGCAGAAGUUCCCAAUGAAACAUUAUGCCCCACAAAUAUUUCACAGUAUGUCAUAAUUAAGGAAUUUCAGUUUUCUUGGAAGAAAGAAAAAUCCCUGAAAAUAAUUGUUUUAUUUGGGCAAUUUUAUACUAUGCUGUGCUUAUGAUUUUACAGUGGUACCUGUGAUGUUGAAUCAAGACUUUGUGCUUUAAUACUGGUUGUGUAUAAAACUCUUGGG